AUGAAGAGCCAGCGCCAACCCAUCCUGAUCCUGGCCAUGUGCCUUCUGGCCCUCUCCGCCGUUUCUGCCAUGCCCCAGCGUCGGGCGAAGAGUCAGCGCCAGGUGGAGUACUCCUCCACCCCCUAUCCGGCGGCUGGCUUCCGGCCCAGGAUUGCCUUCAAUCUGCCCGGCGAAGUGCAGCCCAAGCUCGAGACGGAACCACUGACCACCACCACCAGCGAAGUGGAGACCCUAGAGAGUACCGAGCCAUUGAGCACCACCGAGCAGCAGCAACCGGAAGCGGAAACGGAGGCGGAUUUGGAAGUGUCCGUCCGUACGCCCGCCAACACCUACGGAGCCCCCGGAGAGCAGGAUCCCCUGGAGCCGGACACCGUGGAGGUGGUAGCCCAGGAGCCCGCCCGGGACUUUCAGCCACCCGCACUCGAGGCCGUCGAGGACUUUGCCGCCGAUGGCGCUGCUGCUGCUGGCAGCGAGCAGCCUGUUGCUGAUGUCCCUGCCCUGGGCCAAGCGGAAACGCAGGACAAUGAGCCGGAGGCGGAGGUCAAGGCCGCUACCCCAGCAGGAACAUACGGACCACCCGCCACCACCUACGGAGUGCCCGAGCUGAGCGAACCCGAGAACGAGUUGGAUCUGGAGGAGUCCCAGGUGGAGCUGGUGGACGAGGAGGCGGCCGAGGAGGCUCUGACCAACGAGCUGGCCAGCGGACGCCUCAUCCUGCUGCCCGUGGGCGCCAGGGGAGCGCAGUUCGGUCGCCUCAUCCUGGCCGUGGAGCAGCCACGACAACGCUUGAGGAGCGAGCGACUGAGGAGGAUCUAA